UAAUCCUCUGACCUAUACCCAAAUUGUUUAUUAACAGUGCAAUUCCAACACGAUAUAUCUUUGGCGUAGUUAUGGAAAGAUUCCUCUUUCUCUUGUCUUCAAACAGACAGCUACCCAGAUAUUAUAUUUUUAUAUACAUAAGCAGGCCAACUACCCUUUAUCUGACCACUACCAAUUACCAAAGAACCCAAACCAAACUCUUUCUCUUCUUCUUGAGCUUCUUUCAUAUUCUUGUGAUUUCUGUUUCCUUUCAUGGCCGCAAUACCAUCAAGACCUGAAUCAUCCUCGAAUAUAGGCAUCAUAAUUGAAAACAAUCCCUCAGAUUCCAAAUUAUCUGAAUUGGGUAUCAAGUCAUGGCCUAAAUGGGGUUGUCCUCCGGGAAAGUAUACGUUUAAAUACAAUGCAGAAGAGACAUGCUACUUGCUCAAAGGCAAAGUGAAAGUGUUUCCAAAAGGGUCAUCAGAAUUUGUAGAGUUUGGUGCAGGAGAUCUUGUGAUCAUCCCCAAGGGAAUAAGUUGCACUUGGGAUGUUUCUGUAGCUAUCGAUAAACACUACAAAUUUGAUUCUUCAUGAACUCCAUCAACUUAAAAAGUGAUGAUAAAUUUACCAUAUUGUGUAAUAUUAUUCUUUUAUGUUUAUGUAGAGAUAGUUUGAAAA